GACGACACCCGACACAAUCACGCCGACUGCUCAUUUCAUGACCUACCGCCCUAAAUCACAGUUGUCCAAGCUUCAUCUGUCCUCUUCUCGUGUCCUUCACUCGAACAAAGCCUGCAACCGACCGCACGCGCUGUAUACCUGUUGCGGCGUCGCCGAGCCUCUUCGACCUCUUUCGAUUUGCUGUGUCUCACACAUGCAACACUCUGGCGCCUGAUACUACGCGACUCAAACGAUCUGCAGCUCGCAGCACGAGCAUACUAUGACGAUGGCAUUUGCUGCGCAUAUUAUGCCAGCCUUGGAGGAGGCAAUGGACGUGUCUUCUCCAGCAGGGAACCAACUUUAUGAUGGUGAUAUCGACAUCGAAUAUGAUUACGGCGGUGAUGCGCCAACUAAUGACGAUGAGCACAUGUCUGAGGAUGGCCAGUUUCCGCGGCCCGGCACUGCAGUGACCGAUGACUUGAUGGCUGAUGCAGACCAUGCCGAUGUGACGAGUAUACCGACCAUCGUAGAAGAAGAGAUGCAGGAUAGUGAUGAUGCAGAGCAGCCACAGGAGCAACAAGUAGAUGACGAAGAACUUAUUGAUUAUGAGGACGAAAUUUACCCGGAUCCACCGCAAGAAGUCCCUGUUGUGGAAGCAUUCCAAAUUCAAGAGCAGAGCCAGAUGAAGGAAUUUCCGAUUGCGCAGACGGCUGACAGCGGCUUGCCCAUGCCUCCCGAAGUCGUAGCAGACAACGAUCAUGUCACUGAAGAGAUUGUGCGUGAGCACAAAGACAUCGCGGUAGAAGUGGGUCAAGAGCCAGAAGCGGUUCCUGAGCCAGACUUGGUCGCUGAGCCAGAGGUCGUCGGUGAGCCAGAAGUGGCCGCUGAGCCAGAAGUGGUCACUGAGCCAGAAGUGGUCACUGAGCCAGAAGUGGUCGCUGAGCCUCAGGUUCUUGCGACCUGUGACGAAGCUACAACUGUCGCGGAAGAAGCAGCAGGGCAUGUUGAAGCAGAAGGUCAGGACACCGUUGAGCUUGCACCGCAGGAGGCUCCUCAGUCAGAGCAGAGUGUGGCAGAAUCUGUUCCCGAGGUCGCGGCAGUCGACGCGUCCGGGAUUGUCGAAGCGGUUGAUGUGGUGAACGAGAACGAUCAGUACGAUACAACGCAGGCCGAAACCGAGCAGAAUGCCACCAUCUCCACGCCUAAGGCGCCGUCUCGACACCCGGGUACGAUCAAUGUGUCUGGCGGCUCUGUAGCUGACUCACCUCAGACUCCGACUGACCGCACCUUGCAUGCCAUGUUGAUACAGUAUGGCGAAUAUCAAUGGCCGUUAUUCAAGUCCCAGUCGCAGCCAGAUGGCUUAUUGAAAGACGAUAACCUGCUCAACGUCAGCUUAACUGACCUGCUGAACAACAUCAGAAUGCGGCUCGCGUCGAAAGUGGACGAAGCAGACAUGAUCACGAAAGCCCGAGAGCUUGUCCUCAAUUUUGACCUGUUUGGCUCGAUGGUAGCAGAGUCCUCUCUGCACGCAUCGGCAACCAGUCUCAACGAUGUUCUUGGUGUUUACCUCGCAUUGCACGAGAAUGACGGUGUCUCCGAGCACGACACUCCACCCCUUUCCAUGACGCUAACUUCACAACCCAACUUCAGUCAUAACCUUGCCUCCCUCAAGCAGAUGGCUGCGACAGGUCUAGGUUUACCUAAAGCAGCUAUCGAGAUUCCGAACAUUACCGCAGCCGAGAACGAGAGUACUGUGGCCCGGACCCAUGAGUCUGAGACUUCUGCAUACCACGGCACAGCUGUAUCUGUUCAUGACGAGGAUCAAGAUCCAGAAGCUCAAGAGGACGCAGAACAUGAAGAUCAAGACGAUCAAUACUUCCAGGAAGAUGCAGACGAUGAUAAAACUGAUGGUGAGCCCGUCGAGUACCAAGAGGACCAGUACCAGGAUGAGGGCGUCGACGAGUACUACCAAGAGGACGCCGCGGAUGAAUCCGUAGCGCGCUCGGAGGCUCGCGAGGCUGCUACUGCGGAAGGUGAUCAGUCGGAGGCUCCAAUAAUGAAUGCCGAGGAAGCCGUCCAACCAACGCCCGACGCAAGCUCGGCCGUGGCUCGUACAUCUCCUACGAAUGAUACGACUGAGCUGCGUGAGGACGAGGGGGAAGACGAGUUCUCCGCAUUGUUGAACGAGUUUUCAACUGAGAAAAAAGAAGCGACUCCGACGGCUGAUGCCAAUGUCGAUGAACACGCGGGCGACGCAAAGCACGACGAAAGCAAAAUUGAACCAGCAGCAAGUGUGGGGCUCGAAGAGGACUACUCGCAGCACGACGUGGGUGGUAAUGAGUCUCAUUAUGAUGUAGAUGAAGCGGACGGCCAGUCCACACAUAAUGACAACGUUGCUGAGCCGCCUGCCGAGGUCGACCAUAGCCAAGACGGGAGCCCUGAUCCUGUUGGUGCCGAUCAAACACAGGAAGUUGAAGAAGAGGACCCAUUCACAUUUGAUCUACUCGAUGAUGACGGCAAUGAGCCUUUCGACGAUACCGACGAUGUGGCAGAGACUGCUCACCAGAACGACGUGGUGAACGACGAAGAUGACAUCGGCUUUGAUCUCGAUGAAGAUGAGCUAAAGCCCGUGUCUCCGACCACGUCGACCCCUGGACACGGGAAGCGGCCUUACGAGGAGUCAGCAGACGAGGACCACAUCGACUUUAGCGAGCCAGAGCAGAAAAAAGCACGCGCGGACUAGGCUCCGACCCAGGAUCUUCACCGAGUCUUUCCUUGGCCAUAUCGGUUUGAUGCGAUCCCAUCGUUACCUUAAGGCUAUCACAGCUGGACACCGCAUCUGGACAUAUAAUCCAACCUGCGUUACACUAACCAGCAGACACUGACUGAAAUGCUUCCCCAUCACCAUCUGCAGAUGCAUGGUCGCUCGGUCCGGAUCUGACCAGUGACUUUGGAGCAAAUCGUGAGCUGAGUUGACGGUGAGUCCCUCUUACUAACAUGCACAGGCAAACACAGAACGGGAAGGCAAAAGUGGCGGAGGAAUGAAAUGAAAAGCGGCGAGGACAUAGCAUCGCAAACCGGCAAGAUGGCACUGCGUCUCUAGUUCGGCGGAUGGCGUUCUGGAAGAUACCCCUGGCGUUGGAGGCUCCGCGGUUUCAGCGGACGUCUCAUGCAAUUGAGUUUCUCUGGUUGUCUGAAUUGCCUUUGUGCUGCUAUGCGAGUGCUGUGCCCAAAAUGCGACCUAUUAGACACAUGAUGAUGUGGUCUAUUGUAAUUAGACGAGACUUACAUUAUGCAGAG